UGCAAAAGAUGCAUCAAAAAAUGGGUUCUAAAGCGAGCGGAAUUCCAGAGGUUUAUAGACACGGAAGACAAAAGGCAAAGGGAGAAUUAAUUAAUAGUGAGGUCAGAAUGAUAGAAUAGGAGUGUUAAAAUAUGCUACACAUGCAUUGAUUAUGAUCGUCACCAAUACAAGGUGAUAGACUGCACUGUGAAAUAAUAGCAGGCAAUCAAUUGUUUAUUCUCUUUGUGGCCUCUGUCAUAGGAAGAAUUUACUCAAGAGGGGGGUGUGUUUCAUUCAGUAACAGGACCAGGCUGUGAAAUAUUGAUUGAUUGGUGAGAGAUGGACGGGAAUGUAUGAUUUUUAUUUAACCUGAUAUCGACAGGUGUCUUGGAUUACAAGGAUGAAACCUGACUUUGUGUAUGAAAUGUUAAGCACACCGAUUUAAUAAUGAUUUUCCGAUUGGUAACAAGGUUGUUCAUGCUGAGUGCUAAAAAGGAAAGUAAAAGUUGGCGGACGGCCAGGGACUUCCUGAGGUUCAAGUGUGUAUGAGUUACCCUCUGUAAAAUGUGACGGUAUCCUGACUGUUAAAAUAUGGAGCUGGAGAUAACGUACAAUUUAUACUGCAACAGGACUUACGGAUGGGAAUGGGUGGAGAUCAUCGAACCCCGCAGCAAGGAGCACAUGUAUGCCAACCUGACCACCGGAGAGUGUGUGUGGGACCCUCCCCCAGGGGUCAAAAUAAAGAAGACCGACAAUAACCAGUGGUGGGAGCUGUUUGACCCCAACACCUCCCGCUUCUACUACUACAAUGCCACCAGUCAGAAAACCGUCUGGCACCGGCCCCAGAACUGUGAUAUUAUCCCCCUUGCCAAGUUACAGACCCUGAAACAAAACACAGAGGUUAGAGAUGGCAUUGAAGGUUCUGUUAAGCGAGAAAUCUCCACACAGACACCCCUACCCCAAACGAGGAGGGACCACACCAAACAUGUGAGAACCGGGUCACUGAAAUCUACUCACACCACCCAGACCAGUCCAAAUGUCUCCAGAAAACACCGGUUUAACAGACAGGACUCUGCCUCCUCCCAGAGUAGUUCUAGUCAUCAUGAGAGUUUCCGCGAGCGUAACGGAGACCGGGUCCGCCGCCGUGGUAGUCAGUCGUCACAGUCCACACAGGCGGGCUAUUCCUCCUCCAGUCCACCUGUACAAGCGGUGAUUCGCCGCGACUCGUCACUAGAAAUGACGCCACGGGUAACGGAUUCACCUCGACUUCAGAGGACCCAUUCUAUGCAGAGGGCACACACAGAGAGCAUGAGUGGGCAGUCUAGUCGAUCCAACAGUUACCGCUUUACAGACUAUAGGGCCAGAGACGAUACAUUUGUGUCACAUGACUUAUCUCCAUACCACCCUGCAAGGCGACAAGCUAGUUUCUCAUCUGACAGGGAGUAUGCAAGUCGUUCAGACUCGUAUGGGUCCACAUCGAGUCGUCAGGACAUGUUUACACCACCUCCACUCGUGUAUAGUAGUGGAAGUCAGGAUAUGUAUAGUUCUGAUAUCAAUGAGAGAAUUUAUAGUCCAAGUUUGUCCUCUGGACCAGACCAUGAGUGUAUACCAUUUAGUCAAGACAUUGCCCAUCAGCAAGGGAGUGUUAGUCCCUCAAUGAUGUCACAAAAACUUAGAUCUUUUCCCCGUACUAAUCCGGCCUAUGUUGGUGUGCCAAAGCGAAAUGGAAGUACUGCUUAUAAGAGAAUUAAUGUUGAACAGCAGGCUGUGAACUAUGACCCCACCUAUUCUGAACCUAAAUCUUAUGCUGCUGCAGGUAUGCAAGUAGCACCAAAGGACUAUACGGAAAAUUAUUAUUAUCCACAUGAACGAUCUGAUAGUGAUACUUCACAUUCAUCUAUACGUGCUGUGCGUCAUGAACGAACAGACAGCCAGGCAUCGCACUCAUCCAGAAAUCGUGAAUCGGACUCUCAUUCUUCCCAGGGUUCCUUUAAACAGCCCUCUGCUGAUUUCCAUACCUCCAACAGUUCAUUACGCAUGCAACCCAUGAAGGUUGACCCAUCAACAUCAUAUCAUGAGAGUGUGUCGUCAAGAGGAUCUGAGCGAAGUUUGACAGACAUGAGAGAAAAUGUGCAAGAAAGACCAAGUAGUCAGAUAUCUCAACAGUUAACAAAUAGUCAGUUCCAGGAACCGGUGUCUGACGACUCGGAACCUGAUUAUGCAAAUGUGCCUCCCUCUAAGAAUUACUCCCCUUGUCAUUCAGACACUCAUAUUUAUCGCGAGGUGCUGAAGGACCGACAGAAUAUCCCCGAUUUUCCGGAGAUAAAGAACGGAGAACCCCCAGCUGUGAUGAGGCAGCACUUGGACCAUGUCAACAGAGGAUAUAGAUCACUACCUGUUAUAGAGAACUCCCACUUCCCACCUGAUGUUGAACUCAACCAGAGUUUUGAUGAGGAUGAGAUCAACAGUAAUUUUUUCAACUCUCCAAUACAUGAACGAAUCCUUCAUGAGUCGUAUGAAUCCCAUCAUGCCUCACUCAAGAGGAAGAAGCCGGAAAAGAAUGAAACGGGUAUUGGAAGUCCGGUGAUAGAGAAGAGCCACUCCAUGACUGCAGACAUAAUACAACAGCGGCCCGCAUCUAUGGUGGUCCCUACCCAAUCAGAGGCUAAUGUCUCACUUAGUCCCAGUAUAGGAUCACUCAAUAGACAGAAUCGAGCCGGUACAGCGCCCCCUAUACGGUCCGCGAGCCCACUUUCACAGAAACAGAAGCUGCCAUCGGACUCGGAUAUUGAGAACUACAUGAACCGCCACAAGAAGGGACUGUUUGGAAAAAAGAUUUCAUUUGAGCACAUGCUGAUCUGGUCCAAGGACCCCAUACAGAAGCCCAUCUUGAGAACAGAUGACAAAGCAGUGAAGAAAGAAGCAUGUGAAGUUGGUUCACUGAUCCAGAUCUACAUGGGAGACAGGAAGGCUCGACUGACUCAGAUGCAGGCCGCCCAGGAAAUCAUCAGUAAGGGCUGGAGCAUCGUCAAUCUCAGGGACGAAAUAUACAUGCAACUGUGUAAACAGACCACGGAGAACAGAAAAGGUGACAGUCUACAGAAAGGUUGGGAAAUGAUCGCAAUCUGUCUCUACUUUUUCCCUCCUUCCACCAAGUUCAGUGGUUACUUGGAGGGAAUUAUUGCCAAACACCUUGAUGAGUCCAAUAACAUCAUAACAACAGAGACACCAUUGAGUCACUUUGCCCUGCAGUGUCAGAGGAGGUUGGAGAAAAUCAUGGCCAGCGGUCCAAAGAAAGGCCAACGGAAACCUAACGUGGAUGAAAUCGAACAGGCUAAAAAAUCCGUCUUCUCUCCUUCCAUGUUUGGGAGUUCCCUUGAUGACAUCAUGCUUCUACAGAAGGAGAGAUUUCCUGAUCGAAAGUUACCAUGGAUACAGACAGCUCUGUCGGAGGAAGUACUGAGAUAUAACGGAGCACAGACUGAAGGGAUAUUUAGAGUUCCCGGUGAUAUAGACGAAGUGAACGCCCUGAAGUUGAAGUGUGACCAGUGGUCCCUCCCCCCUGACUGUGUGGACCCCCACAUCCCCGCCUCCCUCCUCAAGCUCUGGUACAGAGAACUGUAUGAACCCCUCAUUCCUGCUGAGUUCUAUGAACAGUGUAUACUGAAUUACCAGAACCCCGAGGCUGCCAUUGAUGUUGUCAGUAAACUCCCCGAUAUCAACCGACUAGUUCUAGCUUAUCUCAUACGAUUUCUGCAGGUGUUUGCAGCUGAGGAAAAUUCCAAAACGACCAAAAUGGAUGUGAAUAACUUAGCUAUGGUGAUGGCACCAAACUGUUUACGCUGUGAAUGCAUAGACCCUCAUACAAUAUUUGAAAAUACACGUAAAGAAAUGGGAUUUAUUAGGACACUGAUUCAGAAUUUGGACACAAGUUUCAUGGAAGGGAUCGUAUGAUGCAAAGCCAAAUCAUAGAACUACUUAAUUAUUUUGUAAUUAUUUAAUAUAUCAAAUUGUACAUAUGUAUAUUGUAAAGAUAUAACUACACAGUUUUCUUGUGUACUAUUGUUCAUGCACUUGGAUAAGACUUUGUAAAGACUGGGCUUUUUAAUUAAGAAUUAGAUCUGUUAUAUUCAUUAUUAUGUUUCUGGCAUUUAGAUAGACUGAUGCAAAUCAAUUAUUUUAUGGAUAAAGGUAUGUAUGUGUAUCCCGUUAAAUCUGUACUGAUAUUUUGGUGCCUAUUCAUUGGCCACUCCUAAAUGAACAUCUUGAAAUUGAUCCUUAUUGUUUGGAUUGAUUUGUGAACACUAAUGAUGUUUCACUACACCAUAAAAUUCCUUUUCUUAACUUCAUUAUGUUUCGGAAGUGUACUUUAACUGAGAAUCGUAUGGAUACUUUUGUGUAGUUCCUGCUCAAUUUCCGACAGCUCCAGCAUUUAGUGAAUCUCUUGUUUCUACAGACCUAAAUGGUGUUUUACUUAUGUGGACCAUUGUAUUAUAAUUGAUAACCAGAGCCUAUUAUUGAACUAAAAUAUUUCACCCACAAUAAUGAUAAUUUGUGAUAAGUGCAAUAGUUUUUUUUAAAUUUUGUACAUUUGGUUGUAAGUGGUGUUGUCUGUCAAUAGCUCAUCAAGUCUUACCUGUGUAGGAGCACCUGUAAAUGCUGUAAAUAUCAGAAGCUGUAAAUUAAGGCUUGAAUGAAAUGUUAUGAUAAUAUUAUCUGCCCAGACUGACCUGUAUUUGUUGUGUUUGUUUUCUGUAUGGCCCAUGUUUGUUAGUCAUGUUGGAUACAUUAUGUUUAAAUAUUGCAUUCCAACAAGGUAUGUCAUUAGCUAUAAUCAUUUUAAUUCAUCAGGAUAUGACGUCACUGACUGUUAUUGAUAUUUUUAAUUGAGAAAAUGUGAACUAUUUUGGUCAGAACUUUUCAUGAAAGUCUGUUUUGUAUCUAUACAUCUUUCAAGACAUCAUAAUUCAAGAAAUUGUACAAAAAACAACUGUUAGUGUUUUAUCAUCAAUUUUAUUAAUGUCCUAUGAAAAUCUUGGUUUUUGAUCUCUAAGUAAUCGCAGUGUUGCAUAUUUUGAACACCUGACAAAUUAUUGUACAAAUUUGACUUUGACCAAUAGCACACCUGGACAUUGAUGGUAUAAAGGAAAAACAAUUCAAGAGCUAAUUUCAAAACCAAUUUAUAGUAACUGAGCUCAUAUAGGAUUUUUAAAAAUUCACAUUAUGUUUGUGUGGGUGAUUUUAAUAACUGGAAGCUGUGCUUUGUUUUUAGUGAAGCUCUGAGUGAAAUGGCCUCUUUUCUUAUGUGCAAUACAAAAAAUCUACCAAAUCAUUUCUUUGAUUUAUUUACUGCAGGGAUAUUAAUGCUAUGGAUGUUUCUAAUUUCAAUUUACCGAGCAUUGCUGUUUAUUAUUACUUUUUCUGCAACACUGAUCAAAAUAUUUAAUGGUGCUCAAAAUUAGGAACGUAUGUUCUAAGGGAGAUAACCCUUGAAUUUUUUGUUUAUUUUGAAGACUGCCAACGUGAGAGAAAAAAAAGUCUGAUAUUUUUUCAUAGAACUGAAUACUGAAGAGGUUUAGGUGCUUUUAAAUACUUCUACGGGUCAUGAAGAUAAGGUGUUCCUUGGAUGUCUUUUACAAAAUUCUUAAGAAGUUUUGUACUUGUAUUAAACAUUUUCAAAUUAACCCUUAAAGAUUUUCAAAUGAACCUAAAUCAGAUAUCUUUUGAAAAUUGAAUAGAAAAAUUUUUAGUAAAUAUUUUUCUUUUCUUAAAAAAAAAAGCCUCAAGAGGAACAACACUUAUUAAUAAUUAGAUUUAUCUAGUAAGUAAACUGAAGUGAGGAUUUAUAACAAAGUGUUUGUGUGAUAUCGGAUACAGUGUAAUUUAUUUAUGCAUCACUUUCAUCAACAACUUGAACAAGGAACUAUUUUAGAUGCACUACUUACAUUUUAUUUUCUUCAGUUUCCCUUGCAUCUGUAUUGGUAUUUUUGUAAAAUGUAAUUUAUUUUCCAAUCAUUCAGUGAUGUGAGGUGAUUUAACAAGUGCUAAUCAUGAACAAACUACUGUGACAUGUUUUAUAUGUGUAGAGGAAUGAGAGUUAAUGUAAACAUGGCCUAUCUCCUCUAAUCAUUGAGUGUCAUUUAGUGUGUGUAUAUGUGUCCAAAUUGUUAAUCUUGAAUUGGAAGCUUUAUUUAUAAAUUUAUCAAGUAUUCAAAUUAAGCAUACAAAAUAAAUUUUAAAAACUAUGA